AUUUGUUGUGUCUUUGUGAGUUCUGCUAAUUGUAUCUCCUCGUUUGCCAUUCUACAGUCUUCUUUGGGAAAAGCUUAUACCUUUAUCUCAUUCCACCAAUCAUAGUGCUUCCCAUCAUCAUCAUCAUCGUUAUCACCAAGGACCCUUUGGUUGUCAGAUUGAGAAUUUUUCUUGGUUGAUUGGGGGGAGGAUGAGAGUGGGAGAGAAUUAUGCGAACCCUUUGUGACGCCUGUGAGGGUGCUGCUGCUAUUGUGUUCUGCGCCGCUGAUGAGGCAGCUCUUUGCCGCGCCUGUGAUGAGAAGGUACACAUGUGCAAUAAGCUUGCUAGCCGGCAUGUUCGGGUUGGUCUUGCAACUCCUAGUGAUGUUCCACGCUGUGACAUAUGUGAAAAUGCACCUGGUAUGCAGGUCUCUUUUUGUCUUUGACACUCUCUUUCUUUCCUAUUCCAUUUUUUGAAAAUUGAAACUGGACAAUCAUAGGGGAUGGGGGAAGGGGACUGUCAGGGUUUGAACCCUGGACUUUGGUGCCAUCACAUGCUCCCAAGGAAGAGCAUGGCCAUCAGGGCGCAUGCGUGAUUGGGUUCCAAUUUCUUUCACUAUACAGUAUUAAUUUAUCUGUUUCUAUUGAAAUUUCUCAAAUUUGUCUCCCUUGGAAAUGUGCUUUGUAGCUUUCUUUUACUGUGAGAUAGAUGGGAGUUCCCUUUGUUUGCAAUGUGAUAUGGUUGUUCAUGUUGGAGGGAAAAGAACACAUGGAAGAUAUCUUCUAUUAAGGCAGAGAGUUGAGUUCCCAGGAGAUAAAGCUGGUAAUACUGAGGACCCACCUUCACAACCUGCAGAUGGAGGAGAGACUAGAAGAAGUCAAAAUCAGCCACCAAAGCUUACAGCAGGGGAACACCAACAAAAUCACAAGGUCUCUCCUGUUCGAACAAUAGAUGCUAAUGCUGAUGGACAUGCAAAAAUGAUUGAUUUGAACAUGAGGCCUCAUCGAAUGCAUGGUCAAGGUUCAAACAACCAGGAACAAUAAUUUGCUGUUCUCGGAGGCAGCAAUGAUGAUUCAGAAGCAUUCCUGGUGCAAUAAAUUUUGUUUGAAAGCCAGAAACUGUGGGGUCUCAACUAUACUUUUGUUAUCUGCUUCUUAGACCGUAAACUAUUAUGUCUCUUCUCAAAUGAACACUGUAAGUGUAGCUUUAGUUCAUACCGCAAAGACAAAGAAUGUAAUCCACUGAAAAGAAUUGUUUGCUUGGUGUCCUGCCAUUGUUUUUGGAUUUUUUGUGGUGAUGUUGAAAUGACGUUGUAGAAUUGGCGUUUCUAAUUUUCUUGAGAGAAUUAUAAUUUAGAAACACAAUGCUUGACAAUGAGAAUUAAUGGUUAUAUAAAUAUGCUCUACAUCC